AUGGCAGAACUGCUUACACCGAAAGUGGCCAAAGCCAUCCACCUUGAGAGCAUAUUCCGGAUUCCAAAACCGUCCAGGGUGGAGCUUGCGAAGAAAGAACAAUGGCGCAGGCUGACUCAUUCUGAGGGAAAAAAGGGACAGAAGACACCUUCACCCUGGACUCUCGGGAUAUUCUCCAGAUCGGCUGAGAGUGAUUACGAAUGGCUUCAGACAUUGCUCCAAUCUGAGGGGUUCAGAGGUCAGGCUCCAGAUAUUCAGUCCUUUUAUAUUUCAAACAAUGGAAUGGUACAGUUUAUGGAAGAUGUUUCAUUGUGCAAGUUUGGAAUAUUGUAUCACACUAAGAACAGAGGUGGAAUAAAUCUCACCGACGUGAUGGAUUCUCUGUAUGAUGAAGAACUGAAAUUUAUGUCAGAUAAUCUUGGGAAGGACAAUGUCCUGGUGGUGAUCGAUGACCUGGAAGAUAGCAGCCCCGAGGAAAGGAGCAGGAUCCUGCAGAACCAGCCAAGUAUUGGAAGAUAUUCUAGUGGUCUUUUCCUCAUAGCAGAGAAGGGGAAAGAAUAUGAGAAAAACAAGGAACAACCUGAGACGGAAACCCCUAAUCCCUUAAUAAGUGAGUCAAACUCACUAUGA